AUGAGCACGGAGAACUUCAAAACGCACCUUGUCCUUUUGCACCUGGUCGAUGGUGGCGGUCAGUUCGAUCACCUCAUGUUGAAGGCGUUGGCGUUCACGGUCGAUCCUGAAUGGAAAUUUAAAUCAGUGAUUAUGAACAGACAAAAUAAGUUAACCGAUCAAAACUGUCUGCUAAAGAAUGUUCAUUCUCGGCUGCCAGUAAAGAUAGAACAGUCUUGGCUCAACUGCUCAUAUAACUCAGCUCAAGAUAAAGCAGUGCCGUGCUCCGAAGGUACUGCACUGCUUUGGGUCAUUAAGCCAAGUCUUUAA